AAUAUUUAUGGUUAUUUAAACAUCUUAUCACAUGGCUCGGCACAGUUUGUUACUUUAACAGGUCAAUGCACUUAAUUGUGCUCUAUAUUCUACAUCUAUUGCUGUACAACUUCGAGAUCGAAGUAACAAGUACCCACGGUGAGACUAUCAUAUAUGGACGACCUUUUAACGACUCUGACGUGACCUUGGGAAUGGAUACCUACUGGUUAGGACUAUAUGAAGAUUAUAAACCAGUCCUCCGUCUAGCCAUAUUGUCACGUUUUACGACUUGUAUACAUAAAUUGAUAAUUUUUAAGACUUUUAAAACCUGUUAAUUAUAUUCACCUUCAACGUUCUUCAUAUCUACAACGUUAAAAUUUCAAAUUCGUAACUUCGUGUUUUGAUUGAAUUCUAUGUCUGUAGUCAAGUUUACGCUAUCUAGUGAUGACCAAGACGGUGUUCCAUGUCCAGAUUCUAUUCCUUUGACAGUUGAUGAAAUAACAAAAAGUAUAGUCGGUCAUCUUAAAACUCAGUGCUCAAAAAUUCUCUCUGGAAGCUGGUCUGAUACAAAUAAUUUCUGUGUUGAGCUAUCUAAGAGUUGUGGACUAAGCAAUUAUUUAUAUAUUGGAUAUUUAAAUAAUGAUAUUAUUUCUUUGGAAAAUGAACCACGUAAAGUACUUAUUCGAGUAUAUGGUGAAGUAUUGAGAAGUUGUACAGACUCGAUUAUCUCUGAUUCAGUUAAUUUUGCAUUACUUUCGGAAAAAAGGAUUGGGCCUAAACUUCAUGGUGUAUUUCCCGGUGGACGAAUUGAAGAAUUUAUUGAGUCCAGACCUUUAACUACACAAGAACUUCCACUAAUUAUUGAAGUAGCAGCACGGCAUAUGGCUUCUUUCCAUAAAUUAUCCAUGCCAUUUUCCAAAACACCAUCAUUCAUAAUAAGAAUGUUUGAUAAAUAUCUUAGUCAGUUGACAAGCACAUCUGAACAUUUACAUCGUCCAUCUCCAAAUUUUUCUUCGAAUACUUUAUCUGAAUUAGAAUCAAAAGGUUUCUCUUUUGCAAAUGAUGGACAUAUAUUGACGGAACCAUCCUACGAAGAAGCUAGAAAUAUGGUAUUUGAAUUAUCUCUCAUAGAGGAAUAUAAUUGGAUAAAAGAAAAAUUUGAAGUUCAUUAUGCUGAAGUAUUCCCAAUUGUAUUUUGCCAUAAUGAUUUUCAAGAAAAUAACCUACUUCUUUUAAAUGAUCCAAAAGUUGAAAAGGUCUAUCGUAUUCUACCAAUCGACUUCGAAUACUCUGGUUAUAAUUAUCGUGCUUUUGAUGUCGGGAAUCAUUUUAAUGAGUGGUGUUAUGAUUACACGAACCCUGAUCAACCGUAUUAUUUUUACAACAUUGAAAAUUACCCAGAUCGUUCAAAACAAAGGAUUUUUUGGAAAGCAUAUCUAACUGAAACUAAUUCAAAUGUAGAAAAUGAUCAUUUUAAUAAAAGAAAUGGUAAUUUCAAUUGUGUUGAUAAUUAUGACAAUAAUAAUAAUAAUCAAAAUGUUGUUCGAUUUGCUAAUCACAAUGAUGAGGAAUAUGAUUAUGAAAAUUUAUGGAUUGAAACAAUCUAUGGUUCAUUAUUAUCACAUUUAUUUUGGUCUGCAUGGUCACUUGUUCAAAGUCAAUUAUCAAGUAUUCAGUUUGAUUUCAUGGAUUAUGCUAAAGUUCGUAUGAAACAUUAUCAUCUUAUGAAAUCUUGGUUACCUCGUGAACAUUUGUGAAGAAAACGCACAUAUCCGAAUUUUCAUUCACUUAUUUGCUUCUUUUUUAUCACAGGAAAUAGAUAACCAUUUGUUUAGUAUAAUUUCUAGGAUAAAACAAAUUAAUUAUUUACAUGUUGAAUUUGUGCUUUUUGUGUACAUUUGUGUUUUACUAAGAAGAAGCCUGGUUUGUUGUUUAUGUCUCUAUGCGUUUGCUACCGUAUUACACAUCACCCGGUUAGUAGUAUUUCGAAAAAGAAUACACCACAAUCUGUGAUAUUAAUGAGCAAAUUAUUAUUAUUAUUGUUGUUGUAAGAACAAAGUAGAUAACUUAAAUCUUUAUUCUUGAGUGGUGUUUUCGUGCUAUUCGUACCUUUAAUAUCCUUUAUUUCUUUUCUAGUCUUCCAAUUUACACUUGUAAUUAUCAUUUUAAAUUGUUAAUCAUAUAUUUUUGUCUGUUUGCUUGUUUAUUAUUUUUUCUAUUUAUUUCAGUUGUUUUCUUCGUAUUGUUAUUUACUGACAAUUUCUACUAUUUUUGAUAUAUCAACUUAUUUACAGACAAAUACUUCCCGUGCUUUAAAAAAAUGAUAUAUACUUCUCGAUUAUCAACUUAUGAAUUUUCGUAAUAUUGGAUGAUUCUGUCUUCCUUUAGAAUACCUAAACUGACUUUAGUCCUAAGAAUGUGUAACUAACUAAUUCUCCUAAUUGAUAACUGUUGGUUAGAUGCGUACAUUUAUAAAACAUAUCGGGUAUAAUACAUGAUAAAUCAAUUGGUGUUAAUAUAACUGUUUUUGAUGUAAUCAUAAGUAUAGAAUCCCAGUUGACGUUACUUUACAACUCCAAAAUGUUAUUGUUGAGAAAUCUCUCUCUGUGUUCUCUAUUAUGAUAUUCCACUGCAAUUAGACUAAAUCUUCCAGUAUUUUUGUCCAAACAAAUAUUAUCUAUGUCUAAUCUUUACUGAUUUGAAGAAUUAUAGACAAAUUGUACCAGCUUGCUUACAUUUGAAUGGUUCAUUUAUAAUUUUUUUCGUAUCCAACUCAUUUUUUGGUGUUUACUUUCUUAUACAACUACACUUUCCCAUAAAAUGAAAAUGACGAAUUGAUCAAAACUACUCUUCAUCUACCAAGUGAUACAGUAUAAAUAGCUUUAGAUAUAUUGGUACAAAAAUAAUAUUAUAAAUAACCAGUUUUCUUUCCUAAUUACUACAUAAUAAAGUCAGUCAUUAAUUAAUAAUACAUAAUGUUAGUAUCGACAAAUAAUACUUUGUUUCUUAUAACUGAACAGCGUUAUUACGAUCGACCACUAAUUUAUUAGCCUGACAAUAUUCUAUUUUGAAUCUACUAAUUAAUUAAAAUGAUACAUACAUUUGC